AAGCAAGAGAGACAAGGGAGGGAGAGAGAGCCGAGGAGAGAGAGAGGGAGGGAGUGCUGGAGACCCACGGCAGCAGUGAGCAAGGAGCUCCCGCACUGAGCAGUGGCCCUGGGCUGGAGCUCCCAGCCUUGGGACCUCGGGAGCAUGGGGUCAGUCCCUGGAACCUUCCUCCCUACGAUCCUUCUUCUGUCCGUGCAGAGCUGGGGUCCAGCCGCGGCAGGAGACACACAUAACUGUGACGAGCCACUAGUAUCUGCCCUGCCCCCAUCAUCCUUCAGCAGCUCCUCAGAGCUCUCCAGCGGCCACAGUCCCGGGUUUGCAAGACUUAACCGAAGAGAUGGGGCUGGGGGCUGGAUGCCGCUCCUGUCGGACAAGAACCAGUGGUUGCAGAUCGACCUUGGAGAGAGGGUGGAGGUCACCGCGGUGGCCACCCAGGGCGGGUACGGGAGCUCCGACUGGGUGACCAGCUACCUCCUGAUGUUCAGCGACAGCGGCAGGAACUGGAAGCAGUACCGGCGGGAGGACAGCAUCUCGGGCUUCCCCGGAAACGCCAACGCGGACGGCGUGGUGCGCCACAGGCUGCGGCCACCCGUGGAGGCCAGACACCUGCGCUUCCUGCCUUCUGCCUGGAACCCCAACGGCCGCAUCGGGAUGCGCGUUGAGGCCUACGGAUGCCCAUACAGAUCCGAGGUGAUUGAUUUUGAUGGGAAAAGUUCCCUGCUUUACAGAUUUGUUAAAAAUACCAGGAGUCCAGUAAAAGAUGUCAUUUCCUUGAAAUUUAAAACAAUGCAGAACGAUGGGAUUCUGUUCCACAGAGAGGGAAGGAGUGGAGAUGGCGUCACCCUGGAGUUAGUGCAAGGGAAACUCUUCCUGCUCGUCAGUUCAGGUGAUGUGGCGACCCCGUCGCCAUCUGGCCCUGGCAGUGCACUGGGCAGCCUGCUGGACGACCAGCAGUGGCACUCGGUGCUCCUUGAGCACUCAGGCCAGCAUGUGAACCUCACGGUGGACGGUCGCUCACGGCAGUUCCGGGCAUGGGGAGACCUGAGCCACAAGGACCUGGAUCCUGAGAUCAGCUUUGGAGGGAUUUUAGCACCUGGAAAACCAGUGACAUUUCAAAGAAAAAACUUCGAUGGAUGUUUAGAAAAUGUCAACUUUAACGGAGAGGACAUCAUUGAUUUGGCCAAGCAGGAUGUACCACAGGUUCUCAUCACGGGGACGGUCUCCUUCUCCUGCUCGCGGCCGCAGACCAUGCCCGUCACCUUUCUGAGCGCCGGGAGCCACCUGGCGCUGCCAGGCAUCCCCGGGCAUGACGGGGCCUCCGUCAGCUUCCAGUUUCAGACGUGGAACAGCGCAGGCCUCCUGCUGUCCAGCUGGCCCCAGCAGGGCUCCAGGCGGCUCCUUCUCACUCUCAGUGAUGGGGCCCUCAGGCUGGGUCUGUCCUCAUCUCCAGGACAAGCCCAGAGUGACGUCACUGCAGGGGCUGGACUGAAUGAUGGGCAGUGGCAUUUGGUCUCCCUGACGGUGAAGGGGAAUCAGCUGAGUGUGACUGUGGACCACAACCAGGCUGCCACCAUUCACGCUGCGCUGCCUGUGGAGACCCCUGCAGGGGUCGCCUACCGCUUUGGAGGGUGCCUCCCUCCCAGCUCCGGACCUGAGUGUGAGAGCUCGCUCGGUGGAUUCCAGGGGUGUCUGAGGCUCAUCUCCAUCAACGCCCAAGAGGUGGACCUGAUCUCAGUGCAGCAGGGGAUGCUCGGGAAUUUCAGCAACCUGCAGAUAGACUCCUGUGGCAUCCUGGACAGGUGUCUGCCCAACCACUGCGAGCACGGCGGCAGGUGCUCCCAGACCUGGACCGCCUUCUACUGCGACUGCACCAGCACCGGCUACGCGGGCGCCACCUGCCACCACUCCCUCUACGAGCAGUCCUGUGAAGCUUACAAGCACAGGGGCAGCCCCUCCGGGCUUUACCACAUCGACCCCGACGGCAGUGGACCCCUGGAGCCCUUCCCUGCGUUCUGUAACAUGACAGACGUCCCCUGGACCGUCCUGCGGCACAACGGCUCGGCCUUCACCAGGGUCAAGGGUGCAGACUGGGAGAGCCCGCACAGGGCCGUGUUCCAGUACACGGCCAGCCCGGAGCAGCUGUUGGCCACCAUUGGCCGUGCCAGGCACUGCCAGCAGGAGCUGGAGUUCCACUGCAGGAGGUUUCGGCUCUGGGACACUCGAGACGGAACCCCCCUGAGCUGGUGGGUUGGCAGAGCCAAUGAGAUGCACACCUACUGGGGAGGUUCUUUGCCUGAUGCUCAGAAGUGUCCUUGUGGAGUCGUGGGGACCUGCAUCAAUUCUCGAUACCACUGCAACUGUGACGCUGGCUGGGACGAAUGGACCAACGACACAGGUGUGCUCUCCUACAAGGAGCACCUGCCCGUGACACAGAUCGUGGUCACAGACGCAGCCCGCCCGAGCUCCGAGGCCGCCUACAGUCUGGGGCCUCUGCUGUGCCAGGGGGACCGAUUGUUCUGGAAUUCGGCCUCCUUCCACACUGAGACUUCGUACCUUCAUUUCCCCACUUUCCACGGAGAGCUCAGCGCCGACGUGUCUUUCUUUUUCAAGACCACAGCUUCGUCUGGGGUGUUUUUAGAGAACCUGGGGAUCACAGACUUCAUCAGCCUUGAGCUGCGCUCUCCUGCAGAGGUGACCUUCUCCUUCGACGUGGGAAACGGGCCCUGUGAGGUCACAGUACAGGCGCCCACUCCGCUCAGUGACAACCGGUGGCACCUGGUUCGAGCGGAAAGGAACAUGAAGGAGGCAUCGCUGCAGGUGGACCAGCUCCCACGUGGGACGCGUGCUGCCCCUGAGGAUGGGCACGUGCUCCUGCAGCUCAACAGCCAGCUCUUCGUGGGUGGCACAGCUACCAGACAGAGAGGCUUUCUGGGAUGCAUUCGGUCUUUGCAGUUGAAUGGAAAGACCCUGGACCUUGAGGAAAGAGCCAAGGUCACCCCGGGAGUGGAGCCCGGCUGUCCAGGACAUUGCAGCACCUAUGGACACUUGUGUCACAAUGGAGGACGAUGCCAAGAGAAGCCCCAUGGAUUCUCCUGUGACUGUGAGCUCUCUGCAUUCACGGGUCCCUUCUGCUCACACGACAUUUCUGCAUACUUUGGAACUGGGUCCUCAGUGACAUACAAUUUUCAUGAAUAUUAUCCAUUAAGUACAAACUCCAGCCCCCAGGCUGCUUCAUUCCAUGGGGACAUGACAUUAACCAGAGAGAUGAUCACGUUCAGCUUCCAAACAGCACAAACCCCGAGCCUGCUGCUCUAUGUGGACUCCUUCUACAAGGAAUACCUUUCAGUUAUCCUUGCCAAAGAUGGGAGUUUGCAGAUUAGGUACAAGUUAGAUCUACAUCAAGAACCCGAUGUUUUUAACUUUAAUUUCAAGAACAUGGCUGAUGGGUAUCUUCACCACGUGAAGAUUAGCAGAGAGGAAGGAGUGGUCUUUGUCGAGGUGGACCAGAAAGCCCGGAGACAAGUGAGUCUGUCCUCGGGCACGGAAUUCAACGCUGUCAAAUCCCUUGUGCUGGGCAAGAUUUUAGAGCCCAGCGGCCACGUGGACGCGGAGACGGCGCGGGCGGGCGCGCGGGGCUUCUCCGGCUGCCUCUCCGCGGUGCAGUUCGAGCGCGUGGCCCCGCUGAAGGCUGCGCUGCGCCCUGGGCGCCCUGGGCUCGCGUCCGUGCGGGGGCCGGUGGCGGCGUCGGACUGUGGAGCCAGCCCCGGGGACGGCGCCACGCGGGAGCGCACGCGUGUGCGGGCAGGACGUUCCGGAACGGUGGAUGAGGGGAAGCCCAUAGCUGACGCGACCAGGGGAGACUCCGCAGUGAUUGGAGGUGUCAUAGCCGUAGCAGUGUUUGUCCUGCUGUGCGUUGCUGCCAUAGCCAUCCGCCUUUACCAGCAGAAGACCUUGUACACAAUCAAGGAGGGGAAACCACCAGAGAACGAAGGCCGUGCAGUGGCCGGGCUCAGGUGUGAGCUCAGCCUGCAGAGUGCGGUCUGUGGGAACCAGAAGGAGUACUUCUUCUGAGCGGGAGCCAGGAUGGACACAUCCUCACUGCAGGCUGACUUUCUCCUACGCCCGGGGCUCCCGAUGGUCAGAAAUCCCCUUUGCAAAUGCAACAGGUUGUGACACAAUCGUGCUGCGCAAAUCCUGCCUCAUGGAGUGUCCAAUGGCAUUAUCCCUUAGCUGUCGUUUGAGUCACUGCAUUUUAUGUCACCAUGAAUUUGAUAUGGUCAUAAUCCAUGUUAGUUCUGAUGCUCUAAUGUGCUUUUAAACUGAAUUUUAACUUGCUUAGCCGCUGCGGUUUUCAAAGGGAAACUUGCUGUGAGCCAUCUGUCUCUGGCGGACCUGAGGCUGCAUUUCAUGAUCACAGAACUGAACGUCCUUCUCAACCACCUCUGUUGAAUCUUCGUGUCUUCUGUGAGCCAUAGCCACGUGGCCAAAAAUAAACAGCCUUUCUUGCCUUUCGCUUUGCUCAUUGAUGCCAUGCCCCACUCAUCUGUCGGGGUUUCAUUGCUGGUUUGUUUGCAUUGCCUUGAUUUAAUUUUUCCUGCAGAUGCUCACGGUGACUUUGGAUACUUCCAACACUAGGUGCCCAUUUUCGGCAGUGGAGGUAACGGCGCUCAGAUGGUGCAGAGCGAACUGUACAUGUUUUACUUUUUUCCUUCAUCUUAUGUCAUCAAGGUCUGUGAUUGUCUUUUGGCAGUGUCCCAACUAAUGUUGAUUUCACAAAGGUUUUUUUUUUUUUUGAUUAAAAUUGAAGAGCAGAUAGAACCACAAAUUCUCAAUACUGAAAACGUAUUUUUUUUUGCAUCUGCAAUACCUGAAUGAUACGUAAUAGUAAAUUUA